UGAUCCCAUCCCCACAUGCAUACGUGGCGGGGUUGGCACCGCACCCCACCCGCCACUAUAAAUAGUCUCCUUCAACCUGCCGACCUCCUCCUCUCCGAACUCGAGAAAAAAUACACACAGAGCGAAGCAGCUCGAAGAGAGAGAGAGGGAGAAAUUCUAGAGAGAGAAAGCUCUGAAAACUUCCCCAAAAUCUCCGUUCCGGAAGCUAAAUUCGUUCCUAUUCCCGAGCUUGUGGCUUCCUCUCCUCUCUCUCUCUCUCUCUCUCUCUCUCUCUCUAUAUCCUCCGGUUUGAAUCAUUCUAGCUCCCUCCUUCAGAUCAUACCCAGUUGCGGCUCUGCUUUUCUCCCCGAAAACCUAGCAUUUACUUCAUUGUUCUACACAGCCAUGGUUUUCUGGGUUUUUGGCUACGGUUCACUGGUGUGGAACCCAGGAUUCGAGUAUGAUGACAAAGUAAUUGGGUUUGUUAAGAACUACAAGCGCGUAUUUGAUCUUGCAUGCAUUGACCAUAGAGGUACGCCUGAGCACCCUGCUAGAACUUGCACUCUGGAAGAAAAUGAAGGAGCAAUCUGCUGGGGAGUUGCUUAUUGUGUACGUGGGGGCCCUGAAAGGGAAAAGGCAGCAAUGGAGUAUCUGGAGCGGAGGGAAUGUGAAUAUGACAAGAAGUCUCUUGUAGACUUCUAUAAGGAGGAGGAUCACUCACAGCCUGCUUUGACUGGAGUUAUAGCAUUUACGUCCACCCCGGAUAAAUUUUCAAACAGGUACUAUUUGGGGCCUGCACCGCUGGAAGAUAUGGCCAGGCAAAUAGCAACUGCUUUUGGACCUUGUGGAAACAAUCGAGAUUAUCUUUUCCUGCUAGAGAAAGCCAUGUUUGACCUAGGUCACGAGGAUGACUAUGUGAUCGAGCUAGCAGAUGAAGUGCGAAAGGAACUUGAAAUUAUCGGGAAGCGGGAAAAGAAGUUGAUCUCGCCCCACAAAAUCCCGCCAAAAGCUGUCCACAUCCCAUCCCUCCAGAGACGUCCCCUUCAAGAAGCCAUAGUCAUGGAUUCCUCAUGAAAGGCAAUAAACCCGCCUAAAGAGAGGGCUCUUUAACUGAAGUUAAUGCCCGCGUGCAGGAGCAUCGGCGCGCAUUCAAUUUUCUCGAGUAGUAUCAGUAACCUCAUUCCUUGUUCGCAAUUAACCUAUCGUAGCUUUCCAUUGUUUUAUUUAGUACUUUAGCCAUUGUUAAGUUCGGGCUUCAGCUGCGCAUGGAAGUAGUAGUCCAUAGCCGAGAGGACUGACUAUAUAACUGGGAGACGAUAGUGAAAACUAAUGAUAAAAUUGUAGCAGUUGCCUUUGGAGCUUAAAUGAAGUUUAUUUUAGUAGUAAAGGAGAGGAAUAACAUAUCAGCUCUCACCCAAACUUUUUUACUUGAUUUUUCAUUUCUAUUAGUUAUGUUAUGAUUCUGCCUUUACAUUUGGUA